AUGUAUACACUUUUUUCCAAACCAAUCGAAGGAGCGCUACUGGCCGUUUUGCUAAGCAGAAAGUUGUUUGGCGCCUCAACUUUUAACUUUCAGCUCAAUAAUGAGCUUCUGGACGAGCGCAGUAAAGCUCGUCGCUUGGAGAAAGAAGCCGCUGAAACCGAAACCCGAAUUGCUCAGCUGCAAUCCAGAGUAGAUACCUUGAAAGCGGAUCUUCGAAAGGCAGAAAGCGCUCGACAGAACAUGGAUAUGGAGCUAGAAAAGGCGAAACAGGCUGCAGAGUCUGAAAGAUUACUCAAGGAAGGACUACAGGCUAAGGCAAGGCUUUCAGGACAUGGUUUCCUCAGUGUUUCUAAGAGAGUCAAUGUUACAUCAUUUCAAGAAGCGUUUAAAUGUUUGGAUGCCCCAAAUAAUUUUCAGCUGGCAGCAUUUGGGGAUGAAACUCCUGGUGAAGAGGCACGCCGUCUGGGUGAAGAACUGGAACGGUUGAAUGAGCGACAUACAGAGAUUGUUGCGCAAGAAGACAAGAAGAGAAAACAGCUUGUUGAGCACUAUCAGGGACAACUGGCUGAGCUUCAAGCGCAAUUCGAUGAAAAAGACGUUGAACUUCGGAAUGCUCGCAGCAGGUUGGAAGAGGAACGUGCCCAGUUUGCGUUGCAACAGGAGCAGAACUCGAAAAAUGUGGAACUACUUACUCGGCGUAUCACUGGCGAUAUCGAAACGUUGAAACUGCAAAACGGCACGAAUGGAGGUCAGUACAGCAAUAUCACUACGCCAGCUGCAGGAUGGGGAUCCCGUCGUAUGAACAAGGCGGCCAAAAUGGAGGUUUGCAACAUUGAUUCCAUAUUCCUAUUCUUGACGCAAAGAAAGCACUUGAAUGCUGAAUUAGAGCACAAAGUUGCGAGCUUCAAAGAGCUGAGCAAAACGCGGUCGGCUUUGUUUGCGUCGAAGGCCCGCUUGGACGAAUGCGAAGAAAGGUUGGCGGCGGCGAGGAAGGAGAAUGAGACAUUGAAAGCAGAACUACGUGCUGGUAACCGUGACAGUGUCGAAGAUGGUCGUGCGUUCUUCAAUAUGGUCCCCGAAGGUCGAACAUCUACACCGCGUGAGUCGGUGCACAAUUCCUUUAAUACCGAUUACGAGAUUUCGAACAGCAGGAGAUACGGUGUACCUGGGAUUCCCUCACCAGCACCACCGCCAGCGUACGAGAACACGGUUAGGCACAGUCAAACCCCGUCGACAGCUUCCACUAUGCUAGUAGGAAAUCGAGGAGCCAGCCAAAGCUGCGACUUUAUUGACGGUUAUUUAAUUAGCAAGUUAACAUUCGUUCGCAGCGUGAAGUUCUAUUACGAUUUUUUUUUUGUUUCAGGGUUGUACUGCCAAACCUGCCACUACGCAUGCCAUGUGCAUUGCUCGUCUCGAGUUGUACCGCAGUGUCCUGUACCACCAGACGCUCGUCGACCACUUGGGAUAGAUCCGCUCAAAGGUGUCGGAACCGCGUAUGAAGGAUUGGUAAAGACGCCUCGUGCGGGUGGUGUGAAAAAGGGCUGGCAACAUACAUAUGUUGUUGUAUGCGACUUCAAGCUGUACCUCUACGAUUGUGUUACGGAAAGGCAAAAUAAGGCUAAUGAAGUCCAGCCGGUUAUUAGCAGGUUCUCGAUAUGCGGGAUCCUGACUUUGGUGUCACAGGCGUCAAUGAGCAGGAUGUCAUACAUGCUAAUAAGAACGAUUUGGCUAAAAUUCCGCAUCACGACCAGUCAAAUUCAAGGUUCAUCCAUGGCGGACGAAGGUAACAUGACAAGGCAAUAUACGCUGUUGAUGGCGGAUAGCCAAGAGGAACGAAAGAAGUGGGUCAUAGCCUUGAAUGAGCUGAAAACCUUGCUCAAGAGGUCUCGAUUGGCGGACAGAAGUGCUUUCACCGUGAAGGUUAGCUCUAUAAUUUUAAAAAUGGUCAUCGAUCGGACGAAAGUGGUGAUCGGCUUCGCGGAUGUCGGAAUGUACUGCGUAGAGCUCGAUCGUGAGACGCUUGUUGCUGUCGGAGGCGAGAAAGAAACAAGGUGGCGCUUUAUCGAAAAAAGUAGAGUUCAAUGCAUCCGGCAGUUGCUUUUGGUCAUGGUUGGUCCUCCGAAGGAAAGGCAUGUCCGCUUGGUUCCGUCAGCUGCACUAGAUGGGCGUGACUUGAAAUGGAUCAAGGUUGCCGAGACGAAAGGUUGUCAUCUGAUGGCAAUGGGUGCCGGUUCUAUGGCUGGCACGGCUUCCGCUGGUCCAGCUGGAAACGUCCACUAUAUAGCGGUUGCGAUAAAGAAGAGCGUAAUUGUGUACCAGAUUGACAGAAGUGAAAAGAGGCACAGGAAAUGGAAGGAGUUAGCGAUGCCAGGUUUCCCACAGUCUCUGGCAAUUGAAGGCGGUCGAUUGGUUGUUGGCUUUACCCAUUCGUUCCGUGCAUGGGCCUUAGGAGAUCAAAGCAACACCAAGCAUAUCUCUUUGGUGAACAUGGAAGAUCAAUCUCUGCAGUUCCUUAGUCAGUCGAAUUACGAGGCUCAACUCAUGAUCGAGGUAGCCGGCGAGUCCACUGAACCAUUGUCGAGAGAGUAUCUGCUAGUCUUCGAUAAAAUCGGACUCUACGUUGAUGCUCAAGGUUGGUGA